CACAAUCGAAGAACGAUUGCCACCGAUUGGUUGCGACGACGAAUCCGCACGAAUCCAUGAGCCCUCGCACCGCCGAGUCUUCCAGCUCCUCCCGAUCGCCCAGUCGUCCAAUCGCCAUGUCCCAGACGCAGUGCCGCCUGUAAACAACCGCCGAGUGAAGUCCGCAGCCCGCAGUCAUCGGUAGCAGCAGCGUCAGGAGUCCGGAAUCCGUUUCUCGGUUUCCGCAACAGGUUGCGUCGCCUUCGCCAACAGAAGGUUUUAGUGCGAGCUUUGAUCAGAGCGUGGAGUGCGUAUACGCGCCAGGAUGCAGCAGCGCCGACAGCCGGCGAAUGGCAACGGCAGAGGAGGAGGAACCACCGCCGCCGUCCGUACGGAGGAGCAGCAACAACAGCAGCAGCCAUUGAGUCAGGAUGCUGGCGCCAAGGAGGCGGGCAGCACGCCGGGCAAGGCAACGGGACGCGGCUGCUAUUUCUCGCUGGCCUUCUCCAUCGGUUCGAUGGGCCUGGCCUGCGGCAGCCUGUGGCAGAUACCGAACAGCAGUGACCGCAUCUCGCUGCAGCGCGGCCUGGUGCUCACCUCGCUGGGAUUCAUCUAUUUUGUCUCGCUAACGGACUUCUGCAACAAAUACCUGCUGGAGACGACGCAUGGACAGCGCUUUCGUCGCAAGUACCGCCUGAUGAUGUCCGACGUCCUGGAGAUAACCAACAAAAUCGUCUCGGCAAUCCAGGCCUCAUUCUCCUUCUUCGUGGGACUCAUCGUCUGCAAGUCGACGUGCACCAAAUCCUUUGUAUAUGCAUCCCACUUCUUGAUGGAGGCGUACGGUUGGUUCGGCACUGCUUACUUUAUGUACGACAUCUGGUCGAUGUACAAGGUGCACACCCAGAAGAUCGCCGACAAGCUGCACCUGCUGCGCAUUACCAAGGGUCAAGGGGCGGUGGUGAGCAAUGGCCACGCCAAUGGCAAGGUCAACGGCAAGUCGGCCAGCGGCAACAACAACGGCAGCACUCCAACGAAUCUGCACGAGAUCUGCGACUACGAUGGAGCCUGUGUCCAGAUACCCAAGGACGGCAGAUGGGACUUUCUCAAGUACGUGGUCACGCACCCGGUCAUGAUGAUACACCAUGUCUUCAUCGGAACAUUUGGAUUGCUGGUGGUGACGUACAUUCGCGGUGGCGGUCACUGCAUCUACAGCUACAUGUUCAUGAUGGAGUUCUCCACGCCGUUCGUCUCGUUGCGCAGCAUCCUGAGCACCAUGCGCCUCAAGGAUUCACGUGUGUACAUCGCCAACGGUCUGCUGAUGCUGGCCACCUUCUUCGUGUGCCGCGUCUGCAUGUGGCCAUACGUGAUGUGGCGCUACAGCCUGGCCAUUGAGGCUGCAUCCCUGUGGUCGGCCAUGUGGGGCCUGCCGCGAGGAUGCCUCAUCAGCAUCGCUAUACUGUUCUUGCCACAGCUCUACUGGUUCUAUCUGAUGGUUUUGGGUGCUCUCAAGGUCUUUCUACCGCAAAAGAGACGGCCGCCCAACGCAGUUCUAUCGGCAAAGUCGGCGGCCGUGCCCACACCAACCCCCACCGCCCUUAUAAAUGGCAAAAAUUAGUGCAAAUUGUAUUUAUUUUGAGGCAGAGUUCCAGCCGCAUCCGUUUUGCGGAGAUCUUGCUAUUGUUUAUACAUUUUUAAUUAUACAACAAGAACGACCCACUACUAACCGGAAAACUGAAAACCGGAAACAGAAAACCAUGACGGACGGAGGAUGAAAAAGGCAGCGGAAACGAUGGCGACCUACAAAUGAACCGAAGACCAUGGACAGACCCUUAGUGUUAAAUAAAGACAUUAUUUACUAAAAAAAAAACAAAAAAAAGAACGAUAAAGAUGAAAGUGAAGAACUAAGAACAAGAACAAAACUAAAACCAAAUGCAGAUAAAGCGAAUAAACUAUGUUGCUUAUUUUUUGAAGCAAGCCCCUAACCAUUAACGAAUUAAUGUUGCAUUCAAUUUCCGCUAUAUCCACGAAAUCGAUGUUGUUAACCGCCCCGAAAAAUUGUCGAGGGGAAUGAAUGCUUGUGUUAAUACCAUAACCUGUUAGUAAUAUAUAUAUUGCAAAUGCAAAUGCGGAAGAAGGAUAACUGAGCAUAGCAUAUGAAAGCCAAAAGAAAUUGGCCAGAUGCACAGCUAGGAAUGUUCGAUGUGCAUAUAUUAAUAUACAUAUACAUAUAUAUAUAUAUAUUAAUAUUGUGAAAGUCACCAAGGAUAUAUAUAUAGAUACCAGAUAACCGGGGACCGUAGAUCAUUUUUCGGCCAUCUAUGUAGAGAAUAUGGUCAAGUGGAAAACGAUGUAUAUAUAUUUUCUGAAUUGCAUAUCACGAUAUUUUACAAGACACAAGAAUAUUAGUAAUCAGAAUUUUAAUUGUGCUACAUUAGUAUCUUCUUUAUCUUAUCGUUUAAAUUCAAAUGCUGUAAACUUGUUUGAUAUAUUUCGAUAUGCUCAUUUUGCGAAGCUUCUGAUGUUCAGACAAUUUGAUAUUGAUUUGUUUUACUAGAUUAUCUUUAUUAGGUUAUCAAAGAAAUGAAAAAAAAAACACAUUUGUUACAUUUUCCACCUACGAGUAUAAUAUAUAUGUAUAUUGGCCUACUUUGUGCGCUUUAGCCUAACUUGCUUAGUUCAUUACAUUAUACCAUUGAAAACUCUUCCAAAAUAAACAAAUAGCACAAUCCAGACUUAUAAGCAUUACGGUCCCUGAAAUAGAAGUCCUAUAUUGGUUGCUUUUAAACGAACUACCUAUGUACGCUGGACAUUGGUGUAUAUGUUUAUUUGUGAACUGUAUGUGAAACUAGCACAAAAUCAAAUUUUAAUUGAGCUUACAAGAAUAUAAUUAUAUAUGUAGUUAACUAUUUAUAUGUAACAAUGUGGCGCAACAUCGCUUUGGCUUAUUGCCAAGUCAAUGAAAAACGCAGAACGGCAGCUCCUAUGUGUUUUGUUUAAGACCGGUCCCGGAUUGGAUGCUUAGUUAUGCGUAGAUGUAUGCGAAACCCAUGUAUUUUGAACUGUACAAAUGGAUUUAGCCGUGUGCAUAGAGUAGAUGAAAAGUGUAUUUUUG